AUCCUGCAGUCACCGGUCACUGGAAAGAGCAAGCAGAUUGAAGGCCCCAAGAUGUCCAUCGCUAAUGCGGCUGCCCAGGCCAUGCUGUCAGACGCCCUGCUACGCGACGGCGCUGGGGGCAACCGCAUCGGUCACCUGGAGCUGGAGCUGCCACUUGACAGGGUCAUCAAGUUUGUGUCCGUGGGGCUGCCCUUACUGCUAGUGUCCAUGGCCUUCGCUCGAGAAAUCUCCAUCGGUCCACAGAUCAGCUGUUUCCCCCCCAAUAACUUUACAGCCAAGCAGGCAGCCUAUGUGGACACAUACUGCUGGGACUCCCUGAUGCACCAUGAGUUUGACACAGAUGGAAACUUUGAGGAGCGAUCCCUCUGGGUGCACAAGAUGUUCCCGUACUCUCUGUUGGCUAUGGCCAUGAUGAUGUACCUGCCUGCCCUCAUAUGGCGUUUCCUGGUCAUGCCGUCGUUGGGCUCCGACCUGCUCUUCAUCAUUGACGAGCUGGACAAAUCCUACAACCGCUCCGUGCGAUUGGCUCAGAGCAUCCUGGAGAUGCGCCAGAACACCCAGAACCCCUUUACCUUCCAGGCCGAGCUUGAGAGGGCAAAGCGGAAGCGUUACUUCGAGUAUCCCCUGUUGGAGAGGUACAUGCAGAGCAAACACGGCUCCUACUUCCUGGUCAGCAUGCUCUUUCUGCGCGGCUUCCUCUUGCUCACCUUCAUGUCUGCCGCCUGCCUCUACCUCGUCUACUUCCACCUAUCCGCCUUUCUCCAGGAUGAGUUUAGCUGCUUUGUCCGCACCGGCUUGCUGCGCGACCAAAACUGGGUCCCAGAACUGGUCCAGUGCAAAAUGACCGGCCAACUGGUCUUCCAGGUUAUUAGCGUGGCUAACGGCGCUAUCUACGUCCUUCUGGUACCUAUCGUGCUGUUCAGCUUGGUCCGCCUCUUCUGUUGGGAUACGACUCUAUUGUCGGUCUACGAGGUUCUACCCGCAUUGGGACUUAACAGCGGUCGCAAGCUGGGCUGCCCGCUCAACGACCUCAACGUUCUUCUGCUGUUUUUGCGAGCUAACGUGGCGCAUCUGCAGUCUUAUGGCAGGCUGAGGGCCGUAUGCUCGCUGGCAUCCCCGCAGAUCGGGAAGGGGAAUGGCGUGAAGGGCGCAGGGAUGCUGACGGCAGAGGAAAUCGAGGAGAGGGCCGAGGCAGCACAGGAGCUGGAGGAGGAAGUGGAGGAGCUGCAGGAGGAAGGGAAGCUCAACCUGGUGGAUAUCAUGACCAUCUUAGGAGCGGCACGGGGAAACGCGGUCAACUGCACCGAUUCCAGGCCUCUGGUGGAGGAGAAUAUGAGUCUGGGUACUGUAACUCUUAUCUACACUCUCAAACGUAUUCUGCUUGUGGGAUUGUUCGCCUAUAUUGUUUGGGAUGUUCAGAAAAUUAUAAAGUGAGGGAGCUCUCUCUGCGAGACUGCAGAUCAUGUUCAAAUUAAAUAAUGGACGGUGGUGAAAGCAGUUUUCAUUGAACAGACCACUCUACUCUUACUGAAUAUUGGAUGAGGAGGCAAUAGUAGUAAUGGACUUCACUUGAGAUGGCAGUUUUGAUUCAAACUUUUCCAUCUACACUGUGAUACAAAAAUGCGUUCCACAAACAUUAACUGUCCACAAAUGGUUUUCUUAUACAUGUUCUACUAUACCAGUAGGCCUAAUAUAAAUAAGUAUUACAUGUUAGAGAGUUUUUCCUCGGGACUGGAAAGCUGAUAAUUCUAAAAGCGGCUUUUUUUUUUUAGGAACUACAGCAAGAGAGCAGAUACAAUUAGUUCCCACUCCUAACUCCCCUCUCUGUCUCCUUACAGAGCCAAACCACCAGGGGUACCAUGAGUUGAAGGAGACUGCAUCAUGUAAUCGUUACUAAACCACCAAUUGACUGAACCAUCAAUGUGAUGCCAAUUGAGGGGGAGGGGGGGGGGGGAUCAACAAAGAUAACCUGGGAGAGAAGCGAGGGAAGGGGUUCUGUAUCCAGAGAAGUUGUUCCAAAAAGCCUCCAUUAGAAUUAAAAGCUUGGUGGUUAACUUGAGCGAUGUAGUUUCUUUAUGUAUGACUGAGCUUCUGGGUCGUUGUGACUCAUCUUAAUUUCAACCUCAGAUUUCCUACUUUUCUUUAUGGUUAUGCAUUUUACUGUACUUGAUUUUGUGAUUUAUCAGCAAGGAAAGUUGUAUGUGUUAAAUGUCAAUCAGUAACAUUUUGUUUGUUCUAUGUCAACAGAUACCAAUGUAAUGAAUAAAGUUAUUUUUAUGACUGUUGUGUUGAAUGGCUCAAGUGCAACAUUUCCCUCACCACUUGUGAAUCACAUUGUAAAUUAAAAUUGCCUCGGAAAAUAUAUGUGAUUAUUUAAUUGAAUAAAAUACAUUUUAAAAGUG